CCGAAAUUUUAGGGAGGUCAGUUUUUUCUAUCACUCACAACUUUAAUGUCGGAAAUUCAAACUGCUCACGAGGUUUCCACUGCUGGUGGUAAGACCGCCUUCAAGGACUACAUUGGAAAGUUUGCUCAUAUUGAAGAUCCAUUGGAGAGAAGAAGAUUGGCAUUGGAAGAAAUCGACAAUGCUGGUUUCGGAUGGACUCAAGCAAAGAUGAUUUUGAUCGCUGGUGUUGGUUUCAUGACUGACUCUUACGAUAUUUUCGCUAUUAACUUGGGUGUCUCUAUGUUGGGCCAUGUCUACUGGAAGGGCUCCAUUCCAGACUCAACCACUACUUUGAUCAAGGUUUCCACUUCUGUUGGUACCGUUAUUGGUCAGAUUUCCUUCGGUUUCCUUGCCGACCACAUCGGUAGAAAGAAGAUUUACGGUACCGAAUUGAUUGUCAUGAUUUGUGCUACUAUCUUGCAGUGUUGCUUGGGUGAAUCUCCAGCUGUUAACUUCGUUGCCAUUUACGCCUGUUUGAGAAUUGUUAUGGGUAUUGGUAUCGGUGGUGACUACCCAUUGUCUUCUAUUAUUUCCUCUGAGUUUUCCACCACCAAGUGGAGAGGUGCUAUCAUGGCUGCUGUGUUCUCUAACCAGGGUUUGGGUCAGUUGAUGGCUGGUCUUGUUGCUUUGGUGUGUGUCGCUGCCUACAAGGACGACUUGAUCUUUGCUAACUCUGCCAAGGAGUGUGUUGGCCGUUGUAUCAAGGCCAAUGACCAGAUGUGGAGAAUCUUGGUUGGUUUCGGCUGUGUUCCAGGUUGUAUUGCUUUGUACUACAGAUUGACUAUCGCUGAGUCUCCUCGUUACGCUUUGGAUAUCACUGAGCACGACAACUUGGAGAAGGUCGCUGAUGCUGAGGCUGCUUUGGAUGCUGUUGCCCACGACAUCGCUCCACCAAAGGCUUCUUUCAAGGACUUCUGGAGACACUUCGGCCAGUGGAAGUACGGUAAGAUCUUGCUUGGUACUGCUGGUUCCUGGUUCACCUUGGAUGUUGCUUACUACGGUUUGGGUUUGAACUCUGCUGUCAUCUUGAAGACUAUUGGUUACGCAUCUUCCAAGAACGUCUACAAGGGUUUGUACAACACCGCUGUCGGUAACUUGAUUUUGAUUUGUGCCGGUUCCUUGCCAGGUUACUGGGUUUCUGCUGCCACCAUCGACACUGUCGGUAGAAAGCCAAUCCAAUUGGGAGGUUUCAUUAUCUUGACUGUCUUGUUCUGUAUUCUUGGUUUCGCUUACCACAAGAUCUCUGAUCACGGUAAGUUGGCUCUUUACGUUCUUGCCCAGUUCUUCCAGAACUUCGGUCCUAACACCACCACCUUCAUCAUUCCAGGUGAGGUUUUCCCAACCAGAUACAGAUCGACUGCUCACGGUAUCUCCGCUGCCUCCGGUAAGGUUGGUGCCAUUAUUGCCCAGACCUGUAUUGGUACUUUGAUUAACCACGGUUGUUCUAAGAAGGACAACUGUUUCUUGCCACACGUCAUGGAGAUCUUCGCCUUGUUCAUGUUGCUUGGUGUCUUCACCACCUUGUUGGUUCCAGAGACCAAGAGAAAGACUUUGGAGGAGAUCUGUGAACUUUACCAUGAUGAGGUGGAUGUCACCAAGUUGGGCACUGACAGAUACGCUACACAACAGGCUGAGUCUUACGACUCGGAGUUGAAAAAUUAA